AUGAGUGCCUAAUACUUGGCUGGUUGCUUAAAGUAUUGACCGCAACAUACAUUUGCCAUUUAAAACAUGACUAUAAUAUUAUCUAAAAGAACACAGCAGACAACGUCUAAGAAUUAGCAUUUGUUUACAAACUACUUGUCCAUGUUGCACUGACUCAGCAGUUACUCAGGAGGCAUGCAAGGAGUCUAUUAAUAUCACCAGUUGGUGGGCUGUAACCAAAGGUCAUUAGGCUCCGUGUAGAAGACGGUUGCUUGUUGUGAUAUGGCCUGGAGAUCAAACAAUGUUCUCUCUGAGCUGACAAAUCAACACAAGGACGAUGACUCUAUUUUACAGCCUGAUGUUAUGCUACAGGUAGAUGGAGAGCCUUUUUAUGUCAACCGUCGUCAGCUUGCGCUUCAGAGUCCCUACUUCCGGGCUCUCUUUUUUGGCUGCGGUGUUGAAAGCACUAAAAGGAAAAUAGAGCUCAAAGGGGUCCGCUUGCAGCAUUUCAAGCUGUUGAUGGACCACAGCCGGACUUCCAUUCUCAUGCUGGACAGAGAAAACGUUUUGGGGAUCCUUGAGACUGCAGAUUUCCUCCAGCUGGAGAGAGCCAAGCUGCUGUGCUGCAAGUUCCUUGAACGUGAGCUCCACCUCUGCAACUGUUUGGGAAUGAUGGCUUUUGCCUGGCAGCGUGGCUGUGUUCAGCUCUACAGUGCGGCAAGGCAGGUGGCCCUCACACAUUUCUCCGCAGUUGUCUCUGAGGAGGAGUUCUUGUCCUUAUCUAAGGAAACCCUGGCACAUCUCAUAGCCAGCGACAACCUGGUCAUCCAUAGCGAUGAUUUGGCCCUGGAAGCGGCCCUACGUUGGGUGUCAUUUGACCAAAAACGAGAGGAGCACUUUCUGGAGCUCAUUGAGCUGGUGAGACCUGAGUGUCUGUCCUUGACAUUCAUCUCUAAACUUUUGGACACAAUGACGCACAGUUCUGACCCAAGAGCCAAGCUCAUCUGGAUGUUGAAUGAACAUUUUCCGACUUCCUGGUCAAUGGGGAGGUCCUUGCGAAGGACCAAAGAGACUCUCUUUGUCAUGGGAGGACCUCAUGAUCAGGAACAGCAGGCAUCCUACCAGUUCCAUCCACUCAUUGGGAGAUGGCAUAAUUGUGCACCUCUGCAGAGGAGGAACCUGACGCAGUACUCCGUAGCAGCAGUAGGAGACAGUGUUGUUGUGACAGGGGGCUAUUUCCGUGACGUGCUAUGGUUCAGCGUGGACUGGGUCAGAAAAUACGAAUUUGGGAGCCAACGGUGGGUGGAUUGCCCCGCUUUGCAGAAGUCCAGGCACAGCCACUGCUCCAUUGCUCUGGAUUCCAUCCUGUAUGUCUUGGGGGGAAGCAUGGAUGAAGGGCUGGUAGCUGAUGUCGAAAGACUGCGGCUGGGGUCAGACGGGGGUUGGGAAAGUGUCAGCCCCAUGAGUCGGGCAGUGGAAAGGGCAGCCGUAGCCGCUCUGGGGCAGUGUAUCUAUGUGGCGUGUGGCCUGGAUGAAAACGGAGAGGCCUUCGGAGGAAUACAGCGGUAUGACACCAAGGAGAAUCACUGGGACAUUGUCUCCUAUUCCCCUUUUCCACGAUAUGACCUGGUUGCUGCCGAGCUCAACGGUGCCAUCUAUCUGUUUGGAGGGCAAGCGCUGCGCUUUGACGUUGAGACAGAUGAGUGGACUGUUCUGCAGGAGGAAUCUCUGGAGAAAAAGUUCUUCUGCGGCUGUACCACAGUCUGUGGCCAGAUAUUCCUGUUGUGUGAGAAAAAGAGUAACAAGGCACUCCCCAACAUGGUUUUGUUUGACCCUUAUGUGGACACUUGCAUCAAGGUGUACAACACUAUACCAUGCACUGUUCCACUUAGAGGGUGUGUCACCAUUAAACUGCUUACAUGAUGGUGUUUGAUGUUGAAAGAAAUACAUUCACUGCCAAAAACAUUAGGUACACAUAAGCAAUCAAAUGAUCAUAAGAUAAUGCUUAGACACUCUCAGAGAGGUAUUGUUUUUAAAAUGUUAUUGCUGAUAGGGAUGGCAGCUUCUGCGAGAAUGAAAAAAAAAAGCCGACUAGAACAUCUGAACUUAAUUUGGGGUUAAUCGGAGGCACUUUACAGUGUACUGUAUGGUGGCAGGUGUUUGCUGACUCCCAUUUAACAUGAGUUUUAAUGUGAUUAAUUCUGAACACAGCCACAUCCCAGUUAUGAGAGGGUGCGCACACUUACUGUAUGCAUCUCAUUUAUUUCACUUUUUUUUUUUUUUACUUCACAUCUCUAAUCUCUAAUACAUUACAAAACAGUUUUCAAAUGAGUUCUCCAUGUUAUAAGUCACAUUAAUGGAAAAAUGGUUGAUUAUUUAUCUUGAUCUUAUUUUUUAACAU